GGACGCGGAGCCGGGCGGCGGCGGCGACCGUGGGCGCUUCACGCCAUGUCCCACAUCCUGUGCGAGUGGCUCAACCAGGACGUGAAGCUCUCCCGGCGCAUCGUUCCAGGAUCAUUUCCAGAAGACUUUUCUACUGGCUACCUCCUAGGAGAACUUCUACACAAAUAUGGUCUUCAGGAUGACUUUAAACAAUUUUCACAGAACAGAGAUGUGGAUGCAAAAAUUAACAAUUUUUCUCGCCUGAAACCCACCCUUUACCUGCUUGGUGUGCAGUUUAAUGAGAAUAUGGCCCAAGACAUCAUGACAAGACAGCAUGGGGCUGCAAAACAUCUUUUAUAUGAAUUGUAUAUUGCUUUGGAAAAAAAGAGGAAGACAAAGCUCGCUGGAGUUGCAGUGGAAGCAAUGAGACCUGCAGCAACUACAAAGCUUAGGUCUACUCAAAGUGGAAGUCAAGAGCAUUACAUAGGAAGGAGACAAAAUGAAAUAAUGGCCAGGAUUCAAACAGAUAUUAUAGAGACUCAAAAACAACCAUCAAGACCUACCAUAAAAUCUUUUGAAGCCAAAAGAUUCUUAAAGAAGAAAAGGGAAGCAGAGAAUGUAUACAAGGAGAUAGAAAAGUUUGAGAAGUCUUUGAAAGGAAAUGCCUCUGCAGUACACAGCCAUGUGACUGACAGUGAUAUGCAAGAAUUAUUACAAACACAGGAGUUUCCAGAAACAAGUCUAGAAACCAUACCAGAGACAAAAACUGAGCUGCUAAAUAUUUAUUCAGAUGAUGAAUAUAUAAGGAAAAUUCAUAAACGUGUAGAGGAAGAUACAUUCUCUAGAGAACAACGAGCAAAGAGACGACGAAAGAUGCUAAUGGAUCAGUUAGCAGCACACGAGGCUCAAGAGAAGGCUUACCGGGAGGAGCAGCUUAUUUACAGACUAAUGAAGCAAUCUCAGAAUGAGCGCAGGAUUGCUGCUCAACUCAUGCAUGUUCGGCAUGAAAAAGAGGUGCUAAGGCAAAACAGAAUUUUCAGGGAAAAGCAAUAUGAAGAAAGACGACAGAAGGAGUUCCUGGAAGCUCUUGACAGAGAAGCGGCUCUUGCAAAACAAGAAACUAUUGAUAAUGAAGAACAAAUAACCAGAGAAAGAGAACACCAUAUGAAAAUUGCUGCUGAAAGAGCUCAGGCACGCUAUAAAAAGCAUUACUCUAUAUGUUGGGAAAUGAUAGACCAAAUCAUUGAUCUGUCAACAAAAAUAGGAGAAUAUCGUCAACUGACGAACAACCGUGUUCCACUAAAACUGUUGCUGGAUUGGAAGGAACUUUUUCUAAAUGGAAAACCAAUAUAUGAACAAGCCUCAAUUCAACCUUUGCCAGAUAAACCUAGCCCAGAACAACUUGUAGAGCUGAAUAAAAUGAGUCUGUUAGAUGAAAAAGAUUAUGGUGAAUACAAGAGUAUGACAGGGGAAUGGAGCCCAACUGAAGAGAACAGUGAAAACAAACCUCUUAAUAAUAACAUUUUGGGUCAUGUGCUUCGUAGACUGAUGGAGAUGUUCUAUCCUCCAAAACCCAAAUCUUCACCUGAAUUUCCUUCAUUUCCUGUCAAGGGAUGUAUUUUGGGAAAAUUAUUUAGUGGAAAAACUACCUGUGCAAAGUUUCUUGAAAAAGUUUGCAAUAUUCAGGUACUAUCUGUUGGUACUCUGGUUCAGGAGGCCAUUGAAGCUUUUCUUAAAAAUGAAAUGAAAAGUGAACACAGCAUGAUUUCACAGGAAUCAGAGAGUUCUGGAGAAAAAAAUGAGGAGAACUUACCAAAUUCACCACCAAAUCUUCCAGAGGAGAUCCAAACAGAAACCAUCACAGAACCUAUUUUAGACAAUUGUCCUGUUGAAAAGGAUCCAUCCCAGGAAGAAUUUGAAUUGGAUAACAGUCAGGAUGGCCUAUCCAAGCUAUCUGUACGUGCCCAGCUUGGUGCUGCAUCACAGAAAUGGCUGAAGAGCGGAAAAAGUGUUCCUGAUGAAUUACUAAUUGACAUCCUGUUGGAAGCCAUCAUCAAAAUACCACCAGAGAAGGGGUGGAUUGUGGAAGGGUUUCCAAUGACAAUUAACCAGGCAAAGCUAUUUGAAAAGUCCUAUACAGGGAUUGAUGUAGAAGCAAAAGAUCCAAUUUCUGAAAAGCUGUCCCUUGCUAUAGAUCCCAGAGCUCCUAACAAGCCUCCUCCUACCUCACCUGCAUUAGAUGUUUCUAUAUUAUUGGAUAUUUCAGACAGUCUGGUACUGAAACGUGCAGCUAAUGUGAAGUUACAUAAAAGAAAGUCAUCUCAGGCUGAAUGGAGCAGCAGUCAAAAUCCAGACACUGAAAUCGUAGAAGAGAAGAUUGACUUGGCCAGGGAGCAGAUUCUACAUAGAAUUUCAGGCUUCCUAAAGUCAUGGCCAAAAUUGGAGAAAUGGUUUUCAGUCCAUCAAAACACUCUAGUGAAAGUGAAUGCAGAGACAGAAGAAGGUCUUGUGUGUGAAACAGUGAAGGAAAUAAUAAUAGAAGAAAUUGUGAAAAAUCAGAAUAGAAGGUCUGCUAAAGAAGGAGCACCAGAAGAAGAAAAGGUUUUACCAGUUACGGAUGAAGAACAGGUUUUAUCAGUCACAACUGAAGAAGAAAUGGUUUUACCAGUUAUAGAUCAGCCUCCUCCCUCUUCUGAGACACCACCACCAAUUGAACCAGGAUCAGAUGAAUGGAUUUAUGUAGAUGAACCACUUCCCCAGGAGAUAAUUGCUUUUUUAGUACCUUACUGGGAAAUGGUAGAAAAUACAUAUAUGAAUACAAUCAAAACUGUACUUCGAUGCCUGAGGGAUGAACAGUACGCUAUAGUUCAUUAUACAGCAGAUAUUAGAAAAAUAUUUCAAGAUUAUUUGAAACGUCCACAUUUUAAGCAGGAGUUUGUAUCUCAGUGGCAAACAGAUUUUAAUUCAAUUGCUAGUGACCUGCAAGAUGAUGAGGAAACAAAAGCUGAACUACACCAAAGGGUUACUGACCUAAGAGAUCUUCUCUGGGAUAUCUGUGACAAAAGAAGGGAAGAAUCAGAGCAGGAACGUAUUGGUAUCAUGAAUGAAGAGUGGUUACCAGAUCACAGGGGAAUUGCAAUGAACCAUUUCUUUGCACUUAUGCAGGCUGAACUGGAUCGUUUCCAAGACACAAAAAGACUUCUUCGUGACUAUUAUAGGGCAAUGGAAGGAAAAAUCCCAACAGAAGAUGCUCAAGGUUUUACUAGAAUCCCAUUGCUAGAUAUUAACGAAGAGCAGAAGAAAGAUCAAGAUGAAUCAAGAAGGAUUCCUCUGGUUUCUUCGAAACUACCUUCACCAGGUAAUACCAAGUCAGAAAAGAGUAAAACUCAGAAGAGUCUUAAGGAUAAGAAUUCUGAAAAUGGAGUGACCACUUGCAGGAAUGAUGAAAAUAUUAUUAUUGAUACAUGGCAAACAGCAGUAACAGCAGUGUCAGAUAUGGUAACAGCUGAAAUAGAGUUUAGAGAAAUGGAGGAAGAAAAAGAACUUCAGCUGAAACAGAAAGCUUCAAAAGCUGCACAGAAGCAAGCAGGCAAAUCAUCUGGGAAAGAUACCAAAGCUUCCAAAAAAUCUUCCAAAUCACCUAAUAAAAAAAAAGGAGCAAAAGCCACUCCAGCUCCUAUAGACCCAGAAGAAUUAAGGAAAGAAGAGAUAGCACUUAAAAUAAAGCAAGAAUAUUUCAGUGCCUUGAAGCAUGAGGAGGCAGCCACAAAAUCUCGCCUAGAACUUAUAAAAGAAAAAGCUUUAGCGUUUCUUGUGGAUCUAAAAUUUAAAGCAGAAGAGGCUUAUAAAGAUAUGGAAAAUUGGCUUGCAUCCAUGUUCUUGGAGGAAAUAUCAAGUGUUGAAAAACUGGUAGAGGUUGCACGACAUCAUAUUGAGAAUUCUAGCAAAAUCCACUAUGAAAUGACUUUAGAAGGUACAGAUUUCUUCAUCAAUAGGGAUGUAAAAAUGGUUCCUGACCCUGUUCCUGACCCUGUUCCUCCACCAGAAUUUCAACGCCUAGAAAUCUCAGGAAGUAGUACUCUAACUAUUUCACAACUUACUACACUUCAUAAGCAGUUCCUACAGCUGGCACCUAAAGCCAUAAGAGCACUGAAGCAAUUUAAAAGCAAGACUAAUUCUUCUAGCAACAGAGAAGUUGGUGACAGAGGGAAAGAGAAGAAAGAUUUGGAACAUCAGAAAACAAAGAGGAAUCACCAGUUCCCAAAAAUAUGGCUAACAAAAUACUCCUGGUUAAAAUAUGAUGAUGAAAGGGGAAUAAUGUUUUGUGUACCAUGUCGUAAACAUAAUGUGGAUUUGGGGGAAAAUAUUCAUAAUUUUUGUUCUGGCACUGAUGACUUCAAACUUGAAUUUAUAAACACGCACCAGAGUAGUGAAGCUCAUGCUUGGGCUACCUGCAUGGAAGCUGCCAGUUCUGCUUCACCAGAUGCAGCUUCUGCAGAGCAGAUUUUGAAGAGCAUGGACUCCAUAACAUUGGGUAGAGUAGAAAAUAUUUUUAGAAGAUACCAUGCUAUUUCUAAAUCUGGCUCUUCCAAUACAAACCCUGAUGGAAUGUGCAAACCAGAUAAACUUUAACAUGACCUUCCUCAGACUUGAUCUUCUGAAGUCUUCCCUAGACAGGCAGAACAGAUCCAUCUUCCCAUUUCUGAUUAUUAGUUGCAUGAAUUAAUCUUCCCAUAACAAAUACUCUUACAGACAGGAUAUGAUUAAUACAUGUCACAGCUUUAACUACUUUUUAUUUCCUUGUAAGAAUAUUUGUAAGGGUUGCAAUUGGAAUACUGUAUCUUGAUUUUUAAUCUAGGAACUGAGAAUAAGUAUGAUUUAGAGAAUAUGUAUUUUCACAAUUCUAUGUAUUCUAAAUGCACCUUUCCACUUGAUAAUUUCAAAAGGUAAAGCAUACCAGCAGAAUAUAUUUCUACUAUUAAGGAAAUAGCUGUGAUUUAUAUCAAAAGAUAGCUAAAAUUAAAUCAUUAAAGACCCUUUUUGGUUCCUCCAACAGCAAAAGAAGAUGUACUACAGGUAAUUUGUGAGAAAUGAAUACGAGGUCAUUUGCCUUUGAAUCAACUCUCUGCUAAAUCAAGAUAACUCUCUAUUUUCAAUAUAAAAUGUAUGUAGUAAUAGCAGAUUCCCAGUAUCCCACACCCUACUGCAUUACUCAGCUCUGCUCUGUACUGUGUAUGCUAUAUCACACACACAGAUAUAUAUAUAUUGUAUGUGUGUGUGUGUGUGUGUGUAUGAGACAUACAGUCUCUUUUCGGUGUUUUGCAAAGAUGCUCAUACUACUUCUGGGUAUAAACAGUGUGUCAGAAAUUGAGUAGGUUUUGAAGGAAUGCCUGAUUAAAGCAUGUUAGUCCACUCCAGGAGAAUUAAUCUGAAGAGAUCAGAAGUAGAGAUCACUACUGUGUGUUGUAUUAAAUAUCUGUACUUGUGAUUUCAUAGACAAAAAAAAAAAAAAAAAAAAAAAAAAAAAGCUUAGAUAUACUUUGCCUAAUAAGCAACAGGAUGGAUUAUGGAUUAUGGAUUUAAUGGAUUACCUUAUUAGAUAUGUGGUUUAUUAUAUAUUUCAAUUUUGAAUUUAGACAGUUUUCUUUUAAAUCACAUAAUAAAUACCAAGAGGGUUCUUUUUCCUCAGAGUUUUCAAAUGGAGAUUUUUAAUUAUGUUCAGAUUAGAAAAAGUUUGAAAAUGUGUCCCAAGGAUAUUACACAGGUGAAAACAAAAAAAAAAGAAAGAAAAACCAAAAAAUGGUAGUUCUGUAACACUAAAGUCACUUCCAUGCUGCAGGGUGGAGGCAUGUUUUCUCAUAAUCUUCUUUUCAUCCAUGAAGCUAGCAUAAUUCCUUCAACCUCACGUCUCAGGAGAUAUAUUCUAAGCAGGUGAUGAUUCUUGCUGCUUUCUUUUGAGAUGUCUUUUGUUUACAUCCAUCCUUCUUGAUCUAGAGUUUCUUAAGUUGUAUUGUAGCAGAAGACUUAACAUCUAGGGGGGAGGGAAAAAAAAAGGAUUUUUUUCAAUGACUUCCUAUGUACUUUCUCAUAAUAUUGUAAUCUGCUGUAAUCCUUAGAGACUUUCCUACAGAAAUUUUACUUUGGCACUAAGAUUCCCUUUGGGAUAUUUAUUCAGUUCAUUUUGUCAGCCCAGUGGGGCACUUGACAUUUAUCUUUAUUGAAUAGUGUACUUUUAUUCUAGACUUUAUCUCCAAUUUUUGAAGUUCACUUUGAAUUCUAAUCCUGUUCUUCAAUGUGCUCAAAGUCUGUUCCUGAAUUGUUUUAUCUGCAAUGUAAUAAAUGUAUCAAUUUAUGCAGUC